AUGGCGCAGAUCACGACGCGCCUCGUCGCCGUCGCGACGACCGCGUCGUCGCCGUCGCCGCCGACGCGUAAUCUCCGCGCGGCGUCCCCGCGCUCGUCCUCGACGACGACGAAGACGACGACGUCCCCUCGCGAGUACUGCGGUCUCUCGUCGAACCCAUCGCGCCUCCGUCCUCUCCGCCGCCGUCGCCGCGUCGCCGCGACGCCCUUCGCGCUCUUCGGCGUCGGCGCCGCGUCGAAGACCGCGCCGCCGUCCUCCUCGGAGAUCGUUCCCGGGCAGGGCGCGGGGUCGCCGAAGUGGCCGGAGAUCUACGACGCGAUCGCGUCGGACGCGCUCCGCGUGCGGACGAUCGAAGCGUCGGAUCUCCGCUCGUUCCUGGCGUCGCGCGAGGGCGCGCGCGCGACGCUCGUCGACGUGCGCCAGGCCAUCGAGCACGACGAGUGGCGGCUCGCGGGCUCGAUCAACGUCCCGUACGCGAUCCCCGAUCCGUUCUGGCCGCGCAGGGUCGUGGGGUACGCCAUCUCGAUCAAGGGCGGGCUGAAAGGCGCGUUCUAUACACUGAUCCCCGCCCUCGACGCCUUUCAACUCCCAAGUCUGACGCCUUUCAACUCCACCCCGAUAUCAUCGCUUCGUACGGAACGGCCCAAAGUUCGCAACCCGCGGUUCGUCGAGGACGUCGACGACGCCGUGUGCGGCGGCGACGCGAACCGUCGCGGCGAUAAGAAAGCGUGUGUCGUCCUCAUCGACACCAAGGGCGGCGACCUGACCAGAGGCCCGAUACGCGAGGGCAGCGGCACGCUCGACGCGUCCGACGCCAGCUGUCUUCGCGCGGCGUACGAGCUGCGGCAAGCCGGGUACGCGGACGUGCGACACGUCCGCGGCGGGCUCCCUGGCGCGAUCGAGGACGGCGAAUUGCGUUGGGAGAGCGAAACGUGGGGGGACUUUCUUAGGUGGCUGGAUACGUGGAACCCGGACCAGCGGCGGUUGCUGAUGUACUCGCGGCUGCUGCCGGAUCCGACGAAUCUUCCGGGGGUCGUCGGCCAGCUGGCGGUGUUUACGACGAUAGGGCUGGCGUACUACGACGUCGGCGGGAUCGGGACGUGGGCGGCGGCGAACGUCCCGGCGGCGUGCAGCUUCCUCCCGGUGUGCUCGUGA